UCGAUGCUCGAAAAUAAUAUUCGAUGAGGUUUUUAUCUUCCUUUUACCUGUAUGCAUAAGUUUAGUAUUGAGUAAUGUGGCGAUUGUAGACGGUUACGAUGUUCGUGUUUGGGUGACAAUUAGGGUUUGAUAAAUUCGAAUGAUGACCGGGUUUGAUUUUAGUAUUAUAUUCGAUCAAAGUGGAGGACCGUAUACUCCGGGGCAAUUGGUGACCGGUAAGGUUCGAAUGUUUUUCAAUUCUGCGAAACCUGUCACGAAAAUAAAAAUAAAAUUCGAAGGAAGAGCAGAUGUAGAAUGGUCUGAAGACAAAGAAAUAGGAAAUCAAAGUAGUUCGACUCGGAUUCAAUCUGACGAGCAGUAUUUCAAAUCCAAACUUAUUCUGUACGAAAGACUUGGCGAUUUCAAAUUAUCACAAGGAGAUCACGUAUACCCUUUCGGUGUCCUUUUACCUAAAAAUAUUCCGUCCAGUUUUGCCGGUUCUUAUGGGAAAAUUACAUAUUUUGCAAUUGCCAAGAUUGAAAUUUCUGGACACCUUGAUAAAACGAGGAAAGAAUUUUUCUUCGUUAAGAAUUUCCUCAACUUGAAUUGUUUCCCGAGAUUGAAGGCUCCUGUUGAAGAACAAAAAUUCAAGAAAUUUUACGCCAUGUGCUGUUUUCCUUGCGGAGAAUUGAGAAUGUGCGCUUGUGUUCCUCGAAGUGGAUUCGUUAGCAAUGAAACUAUUCCUUUAAUAUUGGAAAUCAAUAACGAUAGUUCGGUUCCUCUGAGAAAAAUUACAGCUUACGUUGUCCAAAAAGUUGAAUGGCGAGCUGGAUCGGACCGUAACCAUUCGAAGGAUGUACUCAAAACGUUCACGUUGGGUUCAGCCAAAGCAAAUUCUUCGGCAACGAUAGUAGAAAGCGUACCGGUUCCAGAGAAGGAUUACCCUUAUUUAGAAAAUUGUCACAUUAUUAUAUUGAAAUAUGAACUAUGGAUCGAAGCUGAUCCAGGUGCAGGCCACUGCGACUUAGAUUUAUCAAUACCGAUCUCCAUCGGUGAUAUUGCUUUUAUCCAGGACGAACCAAGUCACGGAGACGAUCACUUUUUGUUAUCUUUGGAUAAGGACGAUGCCGAGAUUUCAGAAUUUGAAUUCGAUGAAACCAACAAACAGGAAGUAUACGCUACUUAUAAACCCUCCGAUAGCAAACCCGUUGAGAUAUUUACCAGCCACAAGAAAUAUUGAUAUUAAUUUAUAUGGAUACCUACUUGAAUGAAAACAAAAUAUAAUUUAAAAAGUAAUGCAUAAUUUGUGGACAGGUAAGUAAGUAUUACUUACAUAGCCCAUAUAGGUACCCUAUAUCAAUAAAUUCAUAUCAUACCUAUUGAUUGGAACAAUGAUAUUUUUUCAAUUGUUCCCUUAUUUUUUUUAUAACCUUUACAAAUAAAAAGCAAAGUAAUUUGCUACAUACUUAUGUA